CGGUGAUGCACCUUAAAGGUAGUUGCCAACUGCCAUAUAAAAUAAAAUCCACAGAGGAAGAAACGUGAAGAUGAGAGAUUAAUAAGGGAAACGAACUUCCCUUUUAUCUGUGGAGUAAUUGUUGGGAGUAAAGAAACACACGAUUUUGUAUAAUUCAAAAAUGUGUUUCAAUUCUAUAAUAAAUCCAGCUAAAAAGAACCAUAUAAUUUCUGGUCAAAUAAAAACAUCCUGUUUAUCUCCCAGGACAAAUGAGCUAGAAACAGCCAGCUAGCUAAAUGACCAUGAAUGUUUUGUGUAUUUCUACAUGUCCCCCCAAAAAAAUGAAUAUAGUUGAUUCACAGUUUUGGUAUUUUUAACUUGCAUGUCAUGAGGAUAGAACAAAUCAACACGCAGCACGAUGGCCGACGCAGAGCAGAGCCAGUUUGGUCAGCGUGUUACAUUAGGCCCAUAUUGACUAUACAGUUUACACUAGACCGUAUCAUUGGCCUGCACAGUAACGGGCUCAGUGUGUUUAAUUCAAAACCUUUGUGUAUUGACCUUAUUGACCAAAAAUGAACUGAAGUAUGUGUGAACUAUAUUAUUGUAACGACCCUGGGUUUAUAAUUAUUAUUUUAUAAUUAUUAUUAGUUUAUAAUUAUUAUUAUCCUACUAUCAAGGAGUCGUUAUGACCAUUAGACCAGUGUGGGGGAAACACAUCCUCAGGAAUUACAUAAGAAACUAUAUUACUGAAUGAGCCCUGGUGAUAAUGCCAUUUAAAAGACCGCAGAAUCCACAAAGUCUCCCCAUCAACCACCGGAAGUGGUGAAAAUAUACCCUUUAAAGAGCACCCCGCAGAACUCAACCGCUCACCAAAUCGACCGCUUGAUUGGCGGAGAUAAGGCUAUCCGCCGCGGUCGGAUCUUUGAAUUAAAAAAAUAUAUAUAUUAUAGGCCUAUACGGUAUUUAUAUUACAUUUUGCACAAUGCGAUGAUAACGUCACGCAGGCAUUGAUAUUUAGGUUUGAAGAUAAUUUUAAAAAAGACGAUGCCUGGUGAAGCGCGGUUCCAUCAGUGCGCCUCUAUUGCAGGUCAUCUGAAAACAACAAUAGAUAUAUCAUGUCGUGUUUGAGCGUCGCAUGCAGCGCUGUUAUUGUCCUGUUCGGAGCGGUUUGCAGCGUUUUCAUAUUCUGUGAGUAUCUGAUUUAUUACGCCGCGAUAUUACAGUGCGGUUGGCCUGGGAUCGACCAUGGUGCCCCGGCGAGUGAGAGGAGCGCAGACGGCCAACCAGAGCCGGAGGUUCUCCGCGCUAUGGUGCUGUCAGACACGCACCUCCUCGGCGCUGUCGGAGGGCACUGGUUCGACAAACUGCGAAGGGAAUGGCAGAUGGAACGAGCUUUCCAGACCGCCCUGGCCCUGCUCCGACCUGAGGUCGUCUUUAUACUGGGGGAUGUGUUCGAUGAGGGGAAAUGGAGCUCUCCGAAGAACUGGGAGGAUGAUGUCUGUCGCUUCCAGAAGAUGUUCAGACAUCCCAGUGACACAGAGCUGGUAGUUCUGGUUGGAAACCAUGACAUCGGCUUCCACUACGAAAUGGACUGGUUCAAGUUACAGCGCUUUGAGAAGGCCUUCAAUACCACCUCCACCAGAAUGGUCACCAAGAAAGGAGUGAACUUUCUGUUGGUCAACAGUGUGGCGUUGCAUGGUGACGGUUGUCCUAUCUGCCAAUCAGUGGAGAAACAGCUUCACACACUGUCCAGGGACCUCAACUGUUCACUACUACAGAAUUCUGAGUCCAGCAUUAUAAGAGAAUACUGCCAAGACGCGUGGACCUAUCCUUCUACAACACCCAUCAUCCUGCAGCAUUACCCUCUGUACCGGGUGAGUGAUGCGGGCUGUACGGGUCGGGAUGCUGCUCCUCCUGAAGAGCGCCACCUGCUGUUCAGAGAGAAGUACGACGUGCUGUCUCAGGAGGCCUCUCACAGGCUGCUGCAGUGGUUUAAGCCCCGCCUAGUUCUCAGUGGCCACACCCACAGUGGUUGUCAGGUUCUCCAUGACAACAAGUACCCAGAGAUCAGUGUUCCGUCCUUCAACUGGAGGAACCGCAACAACCCCAGUUUCAUACUGGGUUCGUUCUCCUCCAAUGGUUACGGCCUGUCUAAGUGUUUCCUUCCAGAGGAGAGUACAGUGAUAGCCCUCUACUGCUCUACAGGAGCCAGCCUCCUCUUCCUCCUCCCUCUGGUCCACUGCCUGUGGAUGCGAGGCCUUCUCCGGUGCCUCAUCCUCUGUCCAAUCAGCAAACACAAGUUUCUCUGACGGUCUCAGGUAGAGGUUGUCCCUGACUGCUGAAUGAUACAGGGUGAGAUAUGGGCCACAUCCCAUCUCAAAUGGCACCCUAUUCCCUAUUAAGUUCACUACUUUUACCCAGGUUAGCCCCAUAGGUGCUCUGGUAAGAGUAGUGUACUACGUAGGGAAUAGGGCGCAACUUGGGACGUAGCCACGCUGUCCUCCCCCUAAAGCAGGGGUGGCUGGUGCUCCUGCCCUGGGAGGCUGCCGUGGGUUUGUAGGAUUGUGCUCUACCACAGCACUGACUGACGUGUUCAUGUGAACACAGGACCAAGUCUUGCUGGUUUGCUGACAGGUUUGUUAGAGAAGGGCUGAAACAAAAGCCUGCACACCCAGUAGCCGUCCAAAAGGAAAAUUGGUCAUCCUAUUGGGAGGUAAAGUAAUCUGACUCUAGAUCUGUAGUUAAGGACAGCCUCUACCUGGAGAGAACCUGUGUGACCCCCUCCCCCUCACAGAGACUUGGACGUUUUUGAAAUUCUGUAUUUUUCUUUCUUUAAAGCUGUGAAAUUCCACAUUCCAAAAAGAACAAAGAACAGAGUUCAGGAUAGAGAACAGGGGUCAAGAUGGAGAACAGGGGUCAAGAUGGAGAACAGGGGUCAAGAUGGAGAACAGAGUUCAGGAUAGAGAACAGGGGUCAAUAUGGAGAACAGGGGUCAAGAUAGAGAACAGGGCUCAUGGUGGAGAACAGGGGUCAAUAUGGAGAACAGGGGUCAAGAUGGAGAACAGGGGUCAAGAUGGAGAACAGGGGUCAUGGUGGAGAACAGGGGUCAUGGUGGAGAACAGGGGUCAAUAUGGAGAACAGGGGUCAAUAUGGAGAACAGGGGUCAUGGUGGAGAACAGGGGUCAUGGUGGAGAACAGGGGUCAAGAUGGAGAACAGGGGUC